AUGUAUAGAAAGUUUGGAGAUUAUGAAGCUUCGGAAGUAUGCUUAGAGAAAGCUUUAUCCACAUCCAGAGAUAUUGGAGAUGGAAGAAAAGAGUUCGUAAUCUUGCAUGAUUACGCUAUUUUUAUUUAUGUCAAAAUAAAAUCAAAGACUCCCUGUCGUGUCUUCAUCUGUGCAUUGAAAAGUAUGAGGAGCUGAGAUAUUUCUUGGGCGCCAAUGAUCAUUUCAAAACAUCGCUUCUGGAGGACUCAGGAAUAUUUCCCUACAAGCUUCUUUGUACUCUGCUUUGUAACACCGGAAAAACUCGUGAUGGUCUUUAUGUUGAGGAGAUGGGUCGAGCUAGAGGCCUAUCAGACUUGAUGGCAGAGAAGUACUCGGUUGAAACGCACGUCCCUGCUAAUCUGCAAUCUUGGUUUUGCAUUGAAAACAAUUUAAGAAAGAAAAAUAACUCUACUUGUCUGUACAUUUCUUAUUUUCACAAUCAUCUACAUUUGUGGAUCUUGAAAACAAGUGGAGUCCUUCACUAUAGAAGAGUAUCACCAGAAGAUAAUCUAGUUCACGCUGGGUUGCCCAAAGAUUUGCCUCUGAGUGAGUUUUUGGCUGAUAGUUUCCGGAGUCUUGGUAUUUUGCCCACUGAAGAUUGUGAAGAUCGGUCUUUAAAUAUGGUUGAAUUGCAACCUCUCUCACCCGAACAAAAGAGCUCAGCAAGAAUGCGACUCAUGGAGGAGGACGAGGACAAGGACGAGGACAAGGAGGUCAUUUCAAGUCUAUCUUUGUGUUACAAAAUGUUUAUUGCCCCUGUUUAUGAUUUGCUUGAGGAGCCUGAAGUCAUUAUUGUUCCUGACCGCAGUUUGUACAAAGUUCCCUUUGCAGCCCUGAGUGAAAAGGAGGGAGCCGAAUACCUGUCAGAGACUCAUAAGAUCCGUGUCAUUCCUUCUUUAACGACACUCAAGAUCAUUCAAGAUAGUCCAGAGGAUUAUCACAGCAACACUGGUGCCUUGAUAAUAGGCAAUCCCAAGGUUGAUUGGCUGCCGCCACUGCCAUGUGCAAGAAAGGAAGCGGAGAUGGUCGGACGACUGGUGGGUGUUCCGCCUUUGCUAGAAGAGGAAGCAACGAAGGAGGCGGUACUUGAGCGGAUAAGUUCAGUGAGCCUGAUACAUUUUGCUGCCCAUGGUGAGGCCGAAAGGGGAGAAAUUGCCCUCUCCCCCAUUCCUAUUCCCAACAGUCAAAAUGCUAUCCCACCACAGGAUGCUUACAUGUUGACGAUGGCUGAUGUCUCACGAGUGAAAGUCAGAGCUAAACUGGUGGUACUUAGUUGCUGUCACAGUGGAAGAGGACAGAUAAGAGCCGAAGGAGUUAUAGGAAUUGCCCGUGCGUUCUUAGGAUCUGGUGCUCGCUCGGUGUUAGUUGCGCUGUGGGCCAUUUCAGACUUAGCAACGGAGCAGCUGAUGAAUCGGUUCUACAAACACCUUGUUGAAGGAGAAAGUGCCAGUGAAUCCCUUCAUCAGGCCAUGAAGUGGAUGAGAAAAACCGCUUUACCAAAGUGUCUGAGUGGGCUUCGUUUACACUGA